CCGGAAGUGGGCGCGCACCGAGUGGCGGGUGAAGCCGGUGUCCGAGCGGGAAGCCCCGCAGUGUCGCCGCUGCCCGCGGUGGGCGCCGCGCCCGGAGCGCCCGCCGACCUGCCGCCGGUCCGCUCGUCUUCGCAGCGAUGGAGGCGCCGUCCGUCGCCCACGUUUCAGCCGAGGGCACCCCGACGGCGGCCGUGGCUGAGGUGCGCUGCCCGGGGCCCGCACCGCUGCGCCUGCUGGAGUGGAGGGUGGCGACGGGCGCGGCCGUGCGCAUCGGCUCGGUGCUGGCCGUGUGCGAGGCCGCCGCCGCCGCGCAGCCCCCGGGGCCCGCCUCGGCCCGCGCGGCCUCCGGGGGCAGUGUGCGCGCCGCGCGGGCCGAGCGCCGGCUCAAGUCGGAGCGCGCCGGCGUGGUGCGAGAGCUGUGCGCGCAGCCGGGCCAGGUGGUGGCCCCCGGGGCACUUCUGGUGAGAUUAGAAGGAUGUAGCCACCCUGUUGUCAUGAAGGGCCUGUGUGCUGAGUGCGGCCAAGACCUAACCCAGCUACAGAGUAAGAAUGGAAAGCAGCAGAUGCCUCUGUCCACAGCGACAGUAUCCAUGGUCCACAGCGUGCCAGAGCUCAUGGUGAGCUCCGAGCAAGCUGAAGAGCUAGGAAGAGAAGAUCAGCAACGAUUGCAUCGAAAUAGGAAACUAGUACUCAUGGUUGAUUUGGACCAAACCCUAAUCCACACGACUGAGCAGCACUGUCCACAGAUGUCAAACAAAGGCAUCUUCCACUUCCAGCUGGGACGAGGUGAGCCAAUGCUGCACACCCGACUCCGGCCUCACUGCAGGGACUUCUUGGAGAAGAUUGCCAAGCUAUACGAACUGCAUGUCUUCACUUUUGGCAGCCGGCUGUAUGCACACACCAUCGCAGGCUUUUUAGACCCUGAGAAGAAGCUUUUUUCUCACAGAAUAUUGUCAAGGGACGAAUGUAUUGACCCAUUUUCUAAAACAGGAAACCUUAAAAAUCUCUUUCCUUGUGGAGACUCAAUGGUUUGCAUUAUUGAUGACCGAGAAGAUGUCUGGAAGUUUGCCCCCAACCUGAUCACUGUGAAGAAGUAUGUGUACUUCCCAGGCACAGGUGAUGUGAAUGCACCUCCUGGGUCCCGGGAGCCUCAGGCAAGAAAGAAAGUAAAUUCUUCUAAAGGUGCCGAUACCCUGGAACAAGCUCCUCCUUUGAAAGACCCUGAGGAAGGCAAACCUGUUCCCGGGGUAGAGCAGAGCAAUGGUCUUGGGAAGCCCUUCCGGGAACUCAAUGGUGGCGAGUCUGUGCCAGGGUCUUCUCCCAUUAAAGCGGAUGAGAGGGAUCCCUGUCCCCUCACCCGGGCCCCCUCUGCCAGCAGCCCCAGUAGCCAGGAACUGGCAAGUACUCCAGAGCCCAAGAUGUCUUGUGAACAGACGGAUCGAACCUCAUCAGGGGCACAGCCUGCUCAGGACACAUCUGGCCCAGACUUGGAUUUUGACUUGUCUAGUGACAGCGACAGCAGUGAUUCAGAAGGUCAGAAGUCUUCCUCUUCUGACGGGGAAAGAGAGAAGAGAGGCCAACAAAAGUCCACAGUCACCCAAGAUGGAGUGAGAGCCCCACAGCAGGGAGUUUCCCCUGAUGAAAGCGGAGCGAGAUCUCCAGGUGCAGGCUCCCUAGGAGAGACUGGGACCAACAUCCACCUGCAUGACAAGGGGCCAGACCUGGACGUGCAAGAUGAGGCUGAGCGGGAUGGCUUCUGUGGCCUGGGAAAUGGCUGUGUGGACCGAAAGGAGGCUGAGACUGAGUCCCAGAACAGUGAGCAGUCAGGGGUCACUGCAGGUGAGUCCCUGGACCAGAGCAUGGGGGAGGAGGAGGAGGAGGACACCGAUGAGGAUGACCACCUGAUACACCUGGAGGAAAUCCUUGUGCGAGUCCACACUGACUACUACACAAAAUACGACAAGUACCUCAACAGGGAACUGGAGGAAGCUCCAGAUAUACGGAAGAUUGUACCAGAACUCAAGAGCAAGGUGCUGGCUGAUGUGGCUGUGAUAUUCAGUGGGAUGCACCCAACAAACUUCCCAGUUGAAAAGACCCGAGAGCACUACCAUGCCACAUCUCUGGGAGCCAAGGUCCUCACCCAGCUGGUGCUGAGCCCCGAUGCCCCUGGCAGGGCCACCCACCUCAUUGCAGCACGAGCUGGCACGGAGAAGGUACGCCAAGCACAGGAGUGCCAACACCUACAUGUGGUCAACCCUGACUGGCUGUGGAGCUGCCUGGAACGCUGGGACAAGGUGGAGGAACAGCUCUUCCCACUCACGGAAGAUGACACCCGGCCACAUAGGGAGAAAAGCCCUGCUACCUUUCCUGACAGGCAGAGUGUGCUUCCAGCUGCCUUGUUCCACCCGACACCUGUCCACCCCAAGGUCCAGUCUGGCCCUGAGGUUCGGAUCUAUGACUCCCACACGGGCAAGCUAAUCAGGACAGGCUCCCAGGGCCAUGCUCCCAUGCCUCCCAGUGGCCUCUCUGUCCAUGGGGACCCCUCCUCCUUCAGAGCUGUUCAACCACUUCAGCAGCAGAUGUUUGGUGAAGAGCUGCCCAAUGCUGGAGAUGGGGAGCAGCCUGGCCCUGCUAGAAGAAAGCGACAGCCCAGUAUGUCAGAGACGAUGCCACUGUACACUCUGUGUAAGGAGGACUUAGAGAGUAUGGAUAAAGAGGUUGAUGACAUCCUUGGCGAGGGCAGCGAUGACAGUGACAGCGAGAAGAAGCAGCCAGACGAGCGGGAUGGUGAACAGGACAAAGGGCCUCGGCCCAGGAAGCCCAAGGCCUCAGGGGCCCAACAGGAGCACCCUCUGGGGUCGUCUUCAUCCCGGGAGAGGAGUACCACGGGCAUCCGUGGGCCCAGAGGCCACAAGAGGAAGCUGAAUGAGGAGGAUGCUGCAAGUGAGUCCAGCAAGGAAUCCAGCAACGAUGACGAGGAAGGCAGUAGCUCAGAGGCAGACGAGAUGGCCGCAGCGCUUGAGGCUGAGCUGAACGACCUCAUGUGAUGGGCCUGCAGAAUUAGCCACCUCACCCUGUGCCAGCCCACGGCUCAGGUCCCUUUUCUCCAGAAAGAUGUAUAUUUUGCAGAGCUCCACAAACAGAAACACAUUAUUUUGCAGAAAUAGGUGUUUUUAAGAAGUUUAACUAUAGGAAAGUCUACUUUUUUAAGUGACAGAGUGUUACAAGGGGGUCGGUGUGCUACACCAAAGAGCUCAGCAGAGCCUUGCUCAGCACGAUGGUAUGCAGUUUGUUGUUGCAUAGUAAGGGUUUGGGGAGUUCCCUUUAAAUGCCACAGUGUAUGAUUCCUGGUGAAGGCACUGGGGACCGGACAAGACUUAUUAGAAUAAUGUAGCAAGAACCUGGCAUCUUGUCCUGCUUUCUUAUUACUGAAGCUAUAGAAUUUUGAAGGAUUUUUAAAUGAAGCAGAGCAAUGUGCAUUUGUACAGAAAGAACAUCAAGGGCAGGCCUACAAGGCCCAGCCUCCCUCCAGUCCUUCCAGGACCCUCAGGUGAGCUGAGGCUUCCUCGUGGCUCCCAGCAGCCUGGGCUACCAGCAACAAUGACCUUCCACCUUGGGUGACGUGAUGAGAUGUGGCCUCCCUAUUCUUGGGUGGCUUUGUGCUUUAAGAGAUCUGAUGUAAAGUUUUUGUAUAUUUCAUAUUUGACCCACCAAGCAGAUUCUUCUUUCAUUUAAUAAAGAUCCUUUUUGUAA